CUCGCAUAACCCAACAAUUGUGACAUUAGCCGGUACAUGGUUUGUUUUUAUUUAUCUCUGCUGAAUUUUAUUUACGUUUUCGGUAGUUGGUUGCGAAUUUCAGGAUUUCUAUUCGUGAGUUAAACGCGCCGAAAUAAAAUGGAUGAGGACGUUGAAAUUGAGGAGCUCGAUGAGUCCCAAGUUCCGGAAAGUGAACUCACACAAUUCCAAGAGACUAAACCACUUCGAUAUGAUAGUCUUAAUGUUGACACACAACUGAAUGAAGAGGAAGAAGAAAUUUUAUUGAAAAAAUUUGUAAAUGGGGAAGUCGAAUUUCCCGAUUAUUAUACACGGCAGGUACCGGAUGAUGAGGAGGAUUACAUAAAUGAAGAAAACAAUCCAUCCACUAGUACGGCUGCUUUUCAAGUAGAAUUUUUGUCAACUGCUCGUGAAUCCUUGAAAGGCAAUUUCCAAGGAACAUCAACCAAUCGGACAAAACGCAAAAGCACAUUGACGUCUGUCCUACAGAGCCUAAUGGGUCAGGCAAACUUAUGUUUUGCCCGUGGACAAUGUGACAUUGCUGAGAAACUUUGCUUAGAAAUAAUUCGUCAAAAUCCUCUUGCGGCUGAGCCUUAUUUGACACUCGCUCAAAUUUACGAGACAAAAGAUCCAACCAAAUCACUUCAGUUCCAGACGGUGGCAGCACAUCUUUGGCCAACUGACCGUGAGCAGUGGAUUCGUUUAGCUGAAAUUCAUACAGAACGAAAAAAUUAUGAUCAAGCAAGAAACUGCUACUCCUAUGCAUUAAAAUAUUGUCCAAAAGACUGGGACAUACGUUUACGCAAAGCUCAUCUGCUGUCUAUGAUGGGGGAAGAAAAAUUGUCGAUACUGUGCUACUAUAAAGCUCUAGAAGUAUUUCCGGAAGAUAAGGGAGAUCUUUGCCUGGAAAUAGCAAGGAAGGUUUCGAAACACUUCCAUGAAAUAAAACGUCACAAUAAUGCCAUGAUUGCAAUGAGGCACGCCUACAACUUAGCACCAACCUUGUUCAGUAUCGAAGAUUUGAACCUUUUCCUAGAACUUCUUUUGAUGAAUGAGGAAUAUCAAUUUGCAUUGAAAGUUUUAACUCAGAGUACUCAGGUGGAUAUUGCUAUGGAGAAAGACAACGAUGAUAUUAUGAUCGUAGCAUGUGCAAUUCCUGAUGAUAUAUUACCUGAAUUCCGAGUAAAGUUAGCUAUUGUUCUGAUACAUUUGAAGGCUUACCAUCUUUUUGAAGACAUUUUGAAUAAUAUACUGACAUUCAUACCACCUGAAACGGGCAUUGAUUUGUACGUUGAUGUGACAGAAGAGUUGAUAAAAGAGCAACGAUAUGCUGAAGUCAUCACUUUCUUGAGGCCACUUGUAGAAAGUACGACGUUCAACCCUCCACCCUAUGUGUGGCUUUGUUAUGCGGACUCUCAUAGAGCGCUAGGUAAAAUCCAAGAGGCCACGAAAGCAUACUAUACUGUUGUGCAAUCAGCUCCAAAUUGCUUUGAUGCUCGUUUAACUUUGUCGGCCCUUUUAAAGAAAGAAGGAAAAUACCAAGAAGCGUUAAAAGUUCUUGAGCAAGAUGCUGAAUGCGAUCCCAUUGAUCCUAGGUUACUAUAUGAGCGUUGCUUGAUGUUAAAGGGUGUGGGAGAUCUGGAACAAUAUCUCGACGUUGGAUACUUGAUGCUUCUGAGGAAUUCGAUAAAGUUCCGUUCGAGGGAUGAGCUGCACUCGGCUGCACUGUCAGGUAAUCGUUGCCGGAAAGAGUUCAUCAGAAAUAUACUUUCAUCGCGUAAAGAAAUAGAUGGAGUAGAUACUGAAGGUCCGGAAUACAUUGAGUCAGAUGGGAACCUCACAAUGGAAGAUGAGUAUGAGUUAUUUAAGGACUUAAUGCAUACCGCAUAUGAACUUAAAAAAUUCGGAACAAUGGAGAAGUUUGCUUUCACAGCAUUGAUUUCACCGAAUUUUCGCAAGAAACACAGUGAAAUGGAGACUACAAUAUUAUAUUCAAGUAUUUUCAAUGAUGAUCCACAAAUUGCAUUCGAAUAUUUACGUUCACAGAUUAUUAAGAACUUGAACAACAAUGCAUACUGGAAUUUGUACAGUUUGAUACUUCAAAAGGGCGAUGACGUACGCUACAGACGAUUUUCAAGGCGUUUGCAAAUGAGAGAAGCUGAUCAACCUUUAUUAAGGAUCUUUGCUGCAAACUAUUAUCUUUUCACUGGAUCCUACAAGUACGCAUUAAACGAAUACAUGUCGGUUAUGAGGAAGAUAUCAGAUCCGCUAAUUUUCUUGGCGAUCAGUGUUAUAUUGAAUCAGUUGUCUGGGCAGAAAAAUAUAUCAAAACGUCCGACAGCCCAAAUGCAUGCUACGACAUUUAUGAAAACCUACGGAAGAGAACGCAUGAGCCCACAUACAAGGCAGGAAAUCUACUAUAACAUGGGCCGAUUAUAUCAUAGUGUUGGCCUACUACAUGUUGCAGUAGACUAUUAUGAAAAAGGAUUGGCAGUUGAAGAAAGUGAUAUGAUAAAGGAGCACAGGGAAAAGUUGUCGUUGACUAGGGAAAUCGCGUUCAAUUUGCAUCUUAUAUACAAAGCAGCAGGGAAUUUCGUGAUGGCUCGAAAAGUGAUAAAGGAUCAUAUAGUUAUAUAGUAUUAAGGUAAUAAAACAGGAAUAAAAAUUGUGUUUU